CACAGCACCCCUGGCUGGAGGGGAGAGGAAGGAGGGUUCAAGGCUCCACUACCAACCCCUCCUUUCUCUGUUCAAUCCCCACCCCACCCCCGCAAUGCAUACACCCGCCCAGUAUGCGUUGCAAAAAUAAAGAAGAAUACAUUGGUGCUGACAGCGCAGAUGAAGCCAGGCCCAGGGAUGGGUGGCCCGGACAAGGCAUUUUUGCUGCCCCACAGAGCUAGGUCAGCUCCAUAGUCUCCUCUGCUUUUGUCCGAGGGCAAAAGGGACGGAUGUGAAGUUGGAGGGUCUUCCGUUUGAGCGACGGUAGGCCCCGGCAGCGGCUGAGAUGUCAAUGGGGAAAGGGACCCCCACAAAUAUAUCUGCCUUGAGCCUGAAUUCGGAUAGAGAAAGGCUAAGAGUCCGGCUGGGAGAACGUUGGUUCGUUGCUGUCUACCCCUGAAUAAAUGCUACUUUAAUUUCCGUUGUCUCUGCGGGACCCUCUUGAGGCUUCUAAUUUCGUUCUUGUUUGGGCCCCUUACGUUUCGGUCGGACCAGGCGUUUGGGGACAGCUUUUUGCAGCGGUGUCUGUGCUUGAGUCCCGUGUCCUUGGAAGGGAAGCCCCAGUGCUUUAUAAUAGGCUGAAUUUGGUUUGACAUCUUUUGGUAGACUGUCAGAGGAGGAAAAGGAAUUUUUUGAUUACUUCAAGACCCUCACUGCUCCCCGCCCAAACUGACGUUUUCGAAUUGCGGCUUUGGAAAUUGGAGUGUUGACUAGAGUGUGGAAAGAGUUGCUGAUUUCAUUCCUUUGGGUACUAGUAAAAUUAUUUAAGAAUCAGACGAAAGAGAGUUAUUGACAUUUGCAUCGGUUCUGUUUGGAUCUUUUGGGUAUAUAAAAUGUCGGGUUCUCUGAAUCUUUUAUCGAAUUUAGAGUGUGUGCUACAUUUAUUUAAUUCUUCUGCAAAUGCUUAAAAUAACAUUUUGUGAAACGUGAGGAUUCUAUCACAUGGAUUGUUCUCUUCAGAUUUUAAAUGUUUAGUUCAUAUAUUUAAUCCUAAACAUUUAAAUAGCAUUGGAGAGGCAUAGUUUUAAAGAUUAAGUAAGCUGUAGAAAGGGGAUAGACUUUUUAAAAAUGAUCGUUGAAAUACUGUUAGUCGUUGUUGUUAAAAUGUUAAGAUUUAUUUGAUAGUUUCCCUUAAUUUUCCCGAUAGCUAGCCAUGAGAAGAAAUGGGUAAUUCCUCCACUUUUGAACAGUUGCAGUACAACAUUCCAGUUUAGUUUUAAUGAUUUGAGUAUUGAAGAUAAUUGUUGUCUGGUUUAAAACAGGCAUUUAACCUAAGUAGCACUUGAGAACACAAAUACUAAUGGUUUUGCUGCUUUUUUAUUUGGGAAAUAUGUGAUUCUGUGAAAUAUUAAUGAGUGUAUUGUUUCUGUUGGAAACUCCAUAAUCAAGAGUUUAUUACCCAGAGGUAGAUUCCCUCUCUCCAAGUUUAUUUUGUAAAUGUGUGUUAACUUUUACUUUUAGAAUUAGAUUAUUUCAGACUCAUCCGUAGUUCAGUCUGAGGAAAAUGAGGGGUUUUUUUUUUCCUUCUUGUUCAGCCUAGUAUCUAUUUCUCUAGCAAACAAUUUUUUGUUGUUAAGAGUUUGUUAAAGAUGUAGAAAUAGAGUAAUUAAAGAUAAAGCAAUCUCAAUUCUCUUCAAAAUGUGUGUGUAUUGUUAAUAAGAGAGCACACUAAAUCUAGAGAUGUUUAUCAGGUUUUAAAAAUGUAAGCAAACUUUGAGGAGAAAGGGAAUUUUUUUAUGGUUUUUUCAUUAACACAGAUACUUUGUGCAUAUUAAUGUAUUUCGUUUUCCCUGUGUCUUUCUUACAUUGUAUUGAAACUAUAAUUUUAAUUCUGCAACUAUUUGUUUUAAAAUAACAAUGCAAACAUCUAGACACUAGAAUUGGCUUUUCAUUUACCAAGUUAGCAUGUUGUCUUGGUAAUUAACAAAUGGCUAGAUGUGUUUUUAAAUCCACAAGUUUGCUCAUGGAUUUUCUGUGUUAGUAUGCAAAUCUAACUUUGAAAUUCUGUUUAAGGUUCUAACCUCUUUGUUUUAAGACUUUUCUCUCAGACAACCUUUUAAGGGUACUGUAUUCUAUAGCCUAAGGAAAGCCGCCUUUCCCCACCUCUCCCAUUCUGACCAAAAGUCCACACUCACAGGCUUAUCCUGAAAUAAACUCUCUUGUUUGAGUAGUGAAAAUGUGUUAAAUAUCCUAUUUAUCAUUGUAUUAUUUUGGGAAAGGCAUUAUUAACCUUGGUUGCUUUUAGAUACAUUUACAAACUAGGCAAGAAGCUAAUAUAUAAUGGAAAAAUUUUAUACAUAUAUAAUAAAAAGCAUGAAAUAAAUACAUAUUUAUAUGGAGAGUUCCAGGUCUCAGUUGUUAGCUGAUUUGAGCUUAAAAUUCCCAGUUUAUGCGUGCAAAUGAUAUUUAACUUGUGUUUUGUCUAAAAACUUUAUCAGUUGCCUCUGUACUAGGAAACUAAGACAUCAGUUCCUGGUGAGCAUCAUUUUUUUUUUUUUUUUCCAGAAAAUAAGGGCAUUCCCAAAUUCAAACCACUUCAGAACCCUGGACGUAAACAUUUGGGACAGGGAAAGAAAUUUAGACCCCAGAAUUGGUUCAAGAAGGCGGGCAGUUUCAAGCUCUACUUUUUGGUUCUGGGGGAAGCGAUUUUUUAGUAUGGAAGAGUGACAAGCACUGGCAGCCGCGUGCUCUCUCCUCGCAGCCCCACUGGCCUUUGCUGCUUUGAGCUCUCCAGAGGGGACAAGCGCUCGGUUCAGUGCGAGGUAAAAUCACGAGAAAGAAUAGCGGCUCUUCUAGAUCGGUCUUAACCAGGUCGUAGUAGUCUCAACUUACAGGUGGGAGCGUAAUGCCCCGCCCAGCUCUGUGCGGAGACCAUGCCACGCUGCCUUUGCGACCCUGUUUGGGACGGGGUCUAUCCAGGGUCCUGAUCGCUACCAUGCAAACCUAGAGGAGCCGCCGCUUCUUCACACGUGCAUUUUUGUGUGGUGGGCAGUGCACCAGUUGUUCCUAUAUCUCCUCCCGACAGACUUGGGGACAGGGGCGGGAGCGCAGAAAAAUCAGCAAUGAAAGGGGACUACUCAGUGCUACAGGAUGCCCCUAAACUAGGGGGAAGUUCUUUAUGGGGCCCAAAACCUGUGAUUUCGUCUCUCACAGUGGGCCUCCUGUUCAGAGAGCCAUUUCAGGGACAACUGGACAGGUGGGUAGUUCUGAGACUGGUUCACAGGACUAUCCCAGUUUUCUUUUCCGAAGUCCGAGUGCUCUGCCUAUUUCUUCCUCUUUAGCGGGAAGUAGUGAACGUCAGCCCAGAGCUGAAGUAGCUACUGCUGGGUUGAAUGGGGCCCUUGGAAGAGAAAAAGGAAGCUGGGAAUACUUAGCAGGCAGGUUUGCCCAGGAGAUGAAGGGAUGUAUCAGGGAGCUUUAACGUCUCAGGCGUUGACAAGACUUAUACCCUGGGCUGGUCUGGGUUUGUUUAUCAUUAGUCCCCUCUUUACCCCUCUCUUUUCCAGGAAGCUUGGGCAGCCAGGUACUCAGAUGUCUUGGGGGUUAAGAGUGAGGGAGGCAAGUCUCCUUACUUUUGGGGGCAGGGGAUGGGCGAUGUUCAAUGGGAAUGGAGCCUACAGAUGAGAUGGUCGUACUCUUCUCAGGAUGGAGGCAGCAAUCCAUGCUUGAGAAAACCAGGAAUAGGGCUGUGGGGUCUGUAAGCCCCCUGCAGAAGGUGAUGGGGGCAUCUGGGAGCACAGGUAGGAGAUGCCCUGGAGAUAGGCCCUGGCUUUCCCACAGCUGCUAGGACUGCAGACUGCAGUGAGGGAGUAUAAGCAUUAGCUGUCUAUCUGGGAGAAGGAAAAUAGGCCCUAGAUUAUGCCUCAGAUCUAGGAAGAGAGAAAUCUAUUUCUGAGCCCCUUCCUGAGACCAGAGAAGACCCCUUUUUGCUGUCACUGGUUUAGCUGUCAUUGGUAAUGGUAAUGGUAACCUAGCUGUCUUCCUAAAAACCAGCGAUCAUUUAGUGUUUUACUUUUUGAGAGAUGGGGGAUCUCCUUGACACUUAGGAGUUUCUGGGAGGAUGAGUAAAAGGGGCGAGCGAACCUGCGUUAAUGAAUCCCUUAAGGAACUGCGUUUCCCAGGAAAUUCCUGACAUUUUUAGCUCGUGAAUUUCCUAAAGCCUGCUUGGUUUUCUUCAUUCUGGGUCCUUCCAGAGAGGAAGAGUGGGGCUAGGGGCUGAAGGCUCGGCUGGGCCUGGUUUAUCCGCAGAGCUGGCCGGCAACCCUGGCUGGGCUCAGCCCUGAACUGGGUGCCCCCCUUCCCCAAAUCUCGGGAGGAGGAGGGGGAGGCAGGCAGGCAGUCUUGGUCCCAAAGGGGGCUCUUUGAAGGUUUUGGGGUGAGUGCGGGGUUUCUUUCUGAUUGUUGGUUGGGGAGAAGGGCAGAGCCAACGGAAAAAGGCACUGCGGGCACCCCGGCCCUGGUGCGGCUGCCGUCCUCUGCUCGGCUCCCCCCUACCGAUCUCGCGAGAGUGGCUGACUGGCUGUGGGGGUUGCGGCGGCAGCAGGCGGAGCCGGGGAGGGAAAGCAGCGGCGGCUGAGGCGACUGAGGCGGCGGCGGGCGGAGCGGCAGGCGGCGGCGGCGCGGCGGCGGAGCGCAGCAUCAUGGCGGACCGAGACAGCGGCAGCGAGCAGGGUGGUGCGGCGCUGGGCUCGGGCGGCUCCCUGGGGCACCCAGGCUCGGGCUCCGGCGGGGGCGGUGGUGGCGGCGGGGGCGGCGGCGGCGGCAGUGGCGGCGGCGGCGGCGGCGGGGCCCCGGGGGGGCUGCAGCACGAGACGCAGGAGCUGGCCUCCAAGCGGGUGGACAUCCAGAAUAAGCGCUUCUACCUGGACGUAAAGCAGAACGCCAAGGGCCGCUUUCUAAAGAUCGCUGAGGUGGGCGCGGGCGGCAACAAGAGCCGCCUUACUCUCUCCAUGUCAGUGGCCGUGGAGUUCCGCGACUACCUGGGCGACUUCAUCGAGCACUACGCGCAGCUGGGCCCCAGCCAGCCGCCCGACCUGGCCCAGGCGCAGGACGAGCCGCGCCGGGCGCUCAAGAGCGAGUUCCUGGUGCGCGAGAACCGCAAGUACUACAUGGAUCUCAAGGAGAACCAGCGCGGCCGCUUCCUGCGCAUCCGCCAGACGGUCAACCGGGGGCCCGGCCUGGGCUCCACGCAGGGCCAGACCAUUGCACUGCCCGCACAGGGGCUCAUCGAGUUCCGCGACGCUCUGGCCAAGCUCAUCGACGACUACGGAGUGGAGGAGGAGCCGGCUGAGCUGCCUGAGGGCACCUCCUUGACUGUGGACAACAAGCGCUUCUUCUUCGAUGUGGGCUCCAACAAGUACGGCGUGUUUAUGCGAGUGAGCGAGGUGAAGCCCACCUACCGCAACUCCAUCACCGUGCCCUACAAGGUGUGGGCCAAGUUUGGACACACCUUCUGCAAGUACUCGGAGGAGAUGAAGAAGAUUCAAGAGAAGCAGAGGGAGAAGCGAGCUGCCUGUGAGCAGCUUCACCAGCAGCAGCAGCAGCAGCAGGAGGAGACAGCCGCUGCCACCUUGCUGCUGCAGGGUGAGGAAGAAGGGGAAGAAGAUUGAUCAAACUGAAUGGAAAAAACCCACACACACAUGCAUACACACACACACACACACAGCCACACACAGAGAAACUAUACUGUAAAGAAAGAGAGAAAAUAAAAAGUAAAAAAGUUAAAAAAAAAAAAAAAAACCUGUUAACUCCAAGGGAGCACCACCCACAGAACCUCCACCAACUGACAGUUUCUCUUCUUGACUUGCCACCCAUCGCUGGAUGUUGUCCACUUUAUCCACCAUAUAAAACAGUAAGCAGCUGCUAAAAACAAAAAACAAAAAAAAAAUACAAAAAGUAAUAACAUUAUAUGAACUGUGUUUCCUACUUGAUUAAAAAAUAUAAAGAACUGAGUGUUUAUUUCCCUAAUUAACCAAGAACUUUUGUACACGUUUAAGCUAUUAUUAUUAAAAGUGUUUGCAAAAUGGUCAAGAUUAUAAUAUUGCUGAAUUAUAUAAAAGUCCUUUUCAUGUUGAGCUAACAUUUGACUUUAGCACAAAAAAGAGAUAUUUUAGAACACGUAAAAUAAUAUUUUUAGUUUUUCUCAUUUUGUUACCAAAUUUCAAACCUUACAUGGAGGUUAUUAUAGUAUAUUUGACACCCUAUAUACCUGUGAUUAGAGAUGUGUAUAUAUAUGAGGGCUAGGCAUGCUGUGUGUCUGAGCUUUGUCUAAAUGUUAUGCAGAAGUUUGUAGAGUUAAAGGUACGUAGGUUUAAUUCAUGCAAGGUAAACAAUAAGUGCUCUCUUUUAUACAAUAUGCAUUGCAUCUGGACCUUAAACAUAUAAAAAUGGUCAGUGAAACUUCUGUGAACAUGAAGAAAUUAUUAAAAAAGGCAUUUAAAUGAAAUUUGCUAAGUUGUGAUUUUUACGGUUGGAACCAAAGUUAUUCAAAUAGUAAAAGAAAAAAGAGAAAGAAAGAAAAGGAAAUCUCCCAUAAUAUUUUUCUGCAUCUGUUUGCUUUGAGUAGGCAUUUUGUCAUUAUUGUGUAUAUGAGAUGUACUUGUAUCGUUCAUAAUAUAUUUUUUUUAUUAUGUGUAGAAAGAUUUUAAAAACUUAACUAACGUGCAGCAAUUUCCAGUGAACCUGUACUUGGACAUCAGGUAGUGAGUCUAUUUGUGGUCACUAGCACUGUCUCCUAAACUUGUAAGAGGUCUGAAGCUAUCCUUUGAUUUUUGCCAGUGCUAUUAACUUAUGUAGACCUGUUAACAAGCAGAGCAACACAAUUAUAGUUAUCCUACUGAGCCAUGGAUUCUGAGCUUCAUUUUAAAAGUGAAAGCCAAGUUGGUGUAUGUAAAGGAUUUCCAUGUAGCUGUGGUGCUAGUUAUUACUGGCUACAUUAUAUGCUAAGUGUAUUUGUGUUCCCCAAGUGUACAAGCCUUCUAUCAAAAGUAUGUUCUAUAACUCAUAUAUUCAAGGUGUAGGGUAUGAAAAUGCAAAGCUUAGGAGAGCACUUUACCAAGCUGGUGUCCUCCAAACUGAAAUUGUUUGUAACGAUAGUCUUUUACAGGUUUUCAUUUAAAGAUGUUUGUGUGCUUUUAAUUGACAACUAACUUCUUGCUGCUGUAUAGUAAAAUAUUAAUAUAUUUUUAUCAUUAAACUGCUGCAUGACUAUCAUCUUUGAGUGAAGAGAAAAUGUUAUAAAAAAAAAGAUGCCUUAAACAGUACAUUUUGGUUUGGAAUUCUGUAGAAAGUAUUUUGGUUUUUUAAAAAAAAAAAGGGGUCUUGUCUGACAUAGAGGGUUCUGGGGAUAGAAUUGUUAUCUUGGCAAAUCCAGCCAUGUAGAUCUAACUGCUGUAUGUAGAAGACACCACCUGUAGGAGCUGGAAGGUAUCAGUGCUUCUCACAUUGUAAAGCAUUGGCCUAGGAAGGUGAAACAGUUGUCUUUUUGAAGGAUUUUUCUUUCUGCUGGUUCUUUGGGUUUUGAUUUGGUAUUUUUAAGCUCCCUGGUUGAGUGUGUUGUCUUUGUUUUUGAGAUCUACUGUAUGUGUUGAAUAACAAGCUAUUUCCAUUGUACUGUGCAUUUUCCCAUUAAAUUGUUUGCUUUUAAUAUUCAUACAAUGUUUAAUAUGAGGUGACCGUACAAUAGUUAGGAGUUUCUUUACUUACAAAAUCACUGGAAAUGAUUAAAUUGCUUUUCCCCUUCCCCCAAGGUGCAUUUUUCUUAUUUCCACAUAGUAAAGUUGAGCUUUUACAGUGCAUAAUGUGACAUUUGGAAUGCUUAUCAACUGCAUGUAAACAUUAAUAACCUGCACUUUUUUGUCUUAAGGUUUGUUGAGCUGUUUUGUUCACUGUACUUUAACUGUGAUAUGGAAAAGACUGCAUUCUCUGUGCUGUUAUUAGUUAGGAAAGAGAAUUGCUUUGAUUUUGUCUCUUGUUUACUAUAGCUUCUUAAAGUUAAGCCUUGUACUACAGGUUGUUGGAGUACUCCUAGAUCAGUGUUUCAUAGUAGCCAGCAAUAAGUAGUGCAAGUCAACAAAAACACAGCAAACUUAGGCAAAGUGUCCUUUCUUUGAGAUGCGAGUUCUUUCAUGAGGUUUUCUUUAGGGUCCGAGUUACCUAAAGUGAAGCCUUUCAUAGCUAUAGACUUCAGAUUCUGCUUGGAAUCCUACCGGAUCAAGAAGCACAUGUAUUGUGCAAUUAUCUUUACACUAUAACAGUUAAACACAAUCUUACUAAGAUUUUGAAACCAGUGUCUGAUUUAUGGUCAGUGGAUUUUAAAAGAAAUCCACAUUCAGAUCUUUUAAGACUUAAAACGUGAUCAUAGAAAAGACUAAUGACUGUAAAGAUGCUCUUUUUUUUGCAUCUCACUUUACCUCCCCAAGUACCCCCAACCUUCCCUUUUCCCUUCUCCUGUUUCAUCCUUUUUCCACCCUUCCCCCCAGGUGCUCGGUACUUUACCAAGGUUCUAUAACUCAGUGUUUUAUGUUGGAGUUUUUCCUUGUUUUUAUUUUACUAGUUGGUAAACCCUGUUUGUGCUGAAACAAAAAAGGAAAUGGUAUAUUUGACCAUAUGUGUUAUUCAUAGAAGACAGUAUGAUCAAAUGUGCCAAAAACAUGUAAACAAAAGUUAAUUCAUGACAAGUAUGCCUUAUUUUUAAUGAUCUGCUUUGUCUUACAAUUAAGGUCCAAGAGCUUGGUUAAACUAUACUAUUUGCCUAAGUAUAAAAGAACACUUGAAAUGCAUUACAUUCUUUAAAAUGAGAGACAUUGUCAAGUAAUUUAAUCCAGAGAUCAGCCACCAGAUUUUAAAUGCCCAUAUAAGUGUGUGUGUUUGGUAUUGUUCGUUUUUUUGGUUUUUUUUUUUAAGUCACCAAAUCUUUUUUUAAGCUACUUUUUAUUUGUGCCUCCUAUUUAUCAUGCUGAUGUUGGAAGCAGCAGUCAUCCAGCCACAGAGGGAGCUAAAGUUAACUAACCAGAACUGUAGAAAUCAUUAUACAUGCCUUUGACAACAAAGGAAGUUCAUAAGAAAAGCCAUGUUGGCUUUUCCUCCACUAGAUACAGAUUGGAGGUAGAUGAAUAUUUGCCAAAUGGAAAAAAAGACAAUGUGAGUCAGAAAGACAGACUUUUCCAGCUUCUCAAAAGCCAUGGAGAGUAGAAACCAAAACCAACAGGGAAAUAAAAAACCUUGCAAGUCUCACUUUCUAGUUGUCCCAUGCAGGGGUUGAAAUUUGACUCAAAGUGAAAAAUAUAUCAAUGUAUUUUAUAGGUCUUCACAUCUAGAGAUGGAUAACUAUCCCAAUUUGGUUUUUCAGGUGAUGGAGAAAGCUGCUAGUAAUUUUAACCCCUGCCUAAAGAAGACAGAUAAUUUCAUUUGGGAGCAAGUACUUGUUGCCUUGAAAAAUAGCACUGUAAUAGCCUAUGAUAAUUAGUUAUAGAAUAACCUUUUUCCCUUUUAAACUAUGCAAAUUAUUAAAUAAGUGUAAAUUAGGACUCAAUUAAAGAUAGUUGAUUAUAUUGCAAUCAGAUGGCAUUCACAAACUUAACUGGAGCAUAUACAAAUAAAAUCUAUUAGUCUAAGAGUUUUGUAUGCUAACAGAAAAAAUAUAAUUUAGCUACCUAUUCUAAAAAUGGUGAAUAUUAUUAAUAUUGUACAAUAGGACUGGGAAGACUGCCUCCUUUUUUGAAGAGAGAGAUUAAGGAUUUUUAUAAUUGUUUUUCAUCAAAUUUUAAUAUUUUUGUCAAAUUUUUAGGUAUUUAAUUUGUAAAACAGUUUGCUUUGUACUGGCAUACAGAAAAUAGGGUAUUGAUUUUAAACUUUUUGAAGCCAAGUGAUCAAGUACAUUUGUAAUAAAAGUCAAUGGAUCUAUA